CUGAUCGUCUCCGUGUGAAGCUCCGUGUGAAGGUAACCUUAGCAGUGUGUAAUGUUUCCUGACUAACAUCAGCUGUGUGCGGCUUAGUUUCAGCACGCACAGCACACAUCUGCCGCUCCAUAGUUCACGGUAACGGACUCACAGCUGGACCAACGAGGCCGACCGUUAAACUGUUGCCUUGCUGACAGCCUGUAAGUCUGUAAAAAGUCUGUGAAAGAUGUCUGUUCAUGCUUGUAGUUAUUAAAAAAAAGACUCCACAAUGAGUCGGUUUGAAUGUUUUCAGUGAUGAUGUGUAGAAAAAUAACAACGACGACUUUUUAAAGCUGUGUGGACAGGGUGGAGUUCAACAUGUGGGGCAGUGCGUAGAUGGAGGGAGCAGCUGUGUAGGUGGACAGGUUUAUUUCUGGACUCCUGCUGAUGGUUUCUAUAGCGGGUUUGCACAUGACGUCAUGCUGUCAAGGUAGUGAUCACGUUCAUCAGAAUCAGAAAGUCUGUUGUUAUUGUCGCAGGUGUGUGCAGCACUCAUCGAGGACAGAAAGAGAAUCUUUUUUUCAUCUCUUUCCUGUUUCUGACAGAAGACGAGGAACAAAAACAUGAUAAUUAACAGAUACAGUCAUCAGAUAAACAGUAUAAAAGUAUUCACCACCUUCGGCUUCUCCCUUCCGUCUGAAACUCUUCCUCCUCACUGAAGUUAGGCUUCUAAUGUGAAAAAUCCUACAUGAAUAUACUUGAUUCAUCUCGAUAUUGCCUCAAUUAGUCAGCAGCUCGAAUAACUGUGGUUUUCAGGGUUUUCCAUACCUACUCCACUGGGGUUGCAAGGUGAUCCAAGCAGGUGCUAAAAUGUGGCAUUGCCAGGCUGUAUGCCACUGACUGACUGAUUCACUGUCACCACAACAUGUGUCAUGAGACAGUCUCCUUCAAACAAAUCAAACUCACCAUGUUUAAGAUGGCAGUGAAAGAAACGGAUGGGCAGAAAGCAGCACUGUGGUCAAAUGAAGAGGUGCAGACCUUUUUGUGCACAGUGGCUGAAGAAAAAAUUCAGAUGAAGCUGGAUGAAGUGAUCCGCAUUGCAAAGGUUGGCUGCUAAAGGGACCAAUGCACAGUAACCAGUGGCUUUAAAAACGUUAAAAACUGAAAAGUGAUUACCGGGCCAUCAAGGACCACAAUGGCCGACGUGGGUCCAACAGACAGGACAGGAAGUGGUUUAAUCAAACGGGCGUCAUUUAUGGGCACUGACCAGCGAGCACCUGGAGUGAGAGUGGCCUCGACUCACUGCUGGAGAACAUGGUGACGUUUGUGAGUGCUUUGUGUGUUUAAUCAUAAUAUAGUACCAUUGGUGAUGUGUUCACUUUGAACAAGCCAUGUUUCAGUAACACUGUUGUCUCAGAUAAAAAGCUAGCUAGUUCCCUGUUUGUGCUAACUCCAUCCUCUGCUAGUUUUUUUGUGCUUACUGAGAGAACAACAUAAAGCAACAGCUGAAGAACUACGCUUUCCCCCAGUUUAAUGUCAUUUGUGUCCUUUUGCUGUGAAACCUUUUCUACAUGCGAGGGCUUUUCAUACAUUUGGAUUAGCAUGGACCUCCAAGCUCCCCUGUUUGUGCUCCAGCUGCAGUUGGUGCAGCAACGCAGACACUGGAAUGCCCCAUCACUGGCGAGAGGAAGAGGACACAAUCUACACCUGACUGUACUAGUGUGCUUGUGGAGAUCUAGUGGAUGUGUUGAACCGGGAAUAUUGAGAAUACCGUGAGGCAUGGCAGCAGAGGGCGUAGGGAGGAAAAGGCAAAACGGCACAGGCCGCAGCCUUCAGUUAGGCAUCCCUGAGUGUGGUCGGUUACCUUGCUUCAGUAAUGCGUGGCCACUGUGGCUGAUGUUUCAUCUCAUCCAUGGACUUUACCCCUUUGAUGUAAAACAAAAACAUUGCUUUACUUUGUAUCUUUUGCUUCUAGGAGAGGUUUAGUACAGCUUCAGUGUUGCACAUAGAAAAUAAUUUAUACAAUGCACAUUGUAAAUAGUUUGAAUUUUCCAGAGUGUAAUAAAGAAUUUAGUGAUUGUUAUGUUUGUGCAUCAUGCAUUUUUUUCACGAAUAACCAACAUUUGGCACAGAUGUUUUGGUGCCAGGAUAACUCCUCUUGAAGAAAAUAAAAACAGUCUCUCCUUUGCAUUAAGUCAUUACACAAAAAUCUACAUCUGUUUAUGUGCCAGAGAAAAAAAAAACCUUUAUUGUAUGUAUUUUGUGGUGUUUGUGACGUUCAGGCCGCCUGAACCCACCCACACUGUAAUGGAACACCAGUCGAUCUGAGUCGAGUUGAUACUAAUGGAAAAGGGCUUAAAUGUGUCCCGGGCUCAUGAACUCUUUAGCUGAUUAACUUCUAGUUAGUUAGCUUAGCUAACAGUUAAAGUGUGAACACUGUAAGCAGUCAGCUUGGUCCUGAAAUAAAGCUGCUCGCUGCCAUUUCUACAGCCGUGUUUGACCUGCUGCUUUGUUGAACUACAGUCAUGGAGGAAUUGGAGGCUGAACUUGGCUCUGUGACACUUUUUGUAAUGAACUGAUGAAAGCUGUGUCUCAGAUGGAUGUUAGUCCAACACAUCAGACACGACCUCUGCAGCUCUCAGUUGAUGUGCACAUGAAUGAUUUGUGUUUCCUCUGCAGGUAGAAAGUGUGUGUGAGCUGAUGUGAAUUGAGCAGCAUGGAUCAGUGUGAGGACAGAGAGGAGCGAGUCCCUCCCUCUAAAAGCACUCUGUGUGGGGAACAUGAGAGCCAGACCAAAGCUCAGAGGAACCCACCUGGACCUCCACCCAGCUCUGUGUCCUUACAGAGUGACCGAGUAAAAAAAUUGAUCAAUAAAUUUGAACAAAGACAGUUGUCUGAGAAAAAGCUCCAUCAGAGACUCAAACCUGGACCUAAACCCAGCUGUGUGUCCUUAAAGAGCGACCAGUCUGAAUAUCGCGUGAUUAAGUUUAAAGUCCAGCCUCCGUCUGCUGCAGAGAGAGUGGACCAGGAGAGCACAGAGGUUCGAACUGGUCAGUCUGCCCAUCAAACACACCUGGACUCCAUAUUUAUGCUGCUGGAGGACAACAUCAUCACUUUUGUGAAGAACGAGCUGAAGAAGAUCCAGAAGGUUCUGAGUCCAGAUUACCCAGAAUGCUUAGAGAGUCAAAGGGAAGAAGAAGAACAGAGGAAGACGACCAGAGAAACUUUUGUGAAGAUCACGCUGGACUUUCUGAGGAGCAUGAAACAGGACGAGCUGGCUGACCGUCUGCAGAGCAGAAUUCCCAUUGGAGCUUUUCAACAUCAUCUCAAAUCUUUCUUGUCAAAGAAGUUCCAGCAUGUGUUUGAGGGCAUCGCUAAAGCAGGAAACCCAACCCUUCUGAAUCAGAUCUACACAGAGCUCUACAUCACAGAGGGAGGGACUGCAGAGGUCAAUGAUGAACAUGAGGUCAGACAGAUGGAAACAGCAUCUUGGAAAACAGACAGACCAGAAACAACAAUCAGACAAGAAGACAUCUUUAAAGCCUCACCUGGAAGAGAUGAACCAAUCAGAACAGUGCUGACAAAGGGAGUGGCUGGCAUUGGGAAAACAGUCCUAACACAGAAGUUCACCCUGGACUGGGCUGAAGGCAAAGCCAACCAGGACAUCCAGUUCAUAUUUCCAUUCACUUUCAGAGAGCUGAAUGUGCUGAAAGAGGAAAAGUUCAGCUUGGUGGGACUUGUUCAUCACUUCUUUACUGAAACCAAAGAAGCAGGAAUCUGCAGCUUUGAAGACUUCCAGGUUGUGUUCAUCUUUGAUGGUCUGGAUGAGUGUCGACUUCCUCUGGACUUCCACAAAACUACAAUCCUGACUGACCCUAGAAAGUCCACCUCAGUGGAUGUGCUGCUGAUAAACCUCAUCAGAGGGAACCUGCUCCCUUCUGCUCGCCUCUGGAUAACCACACGACCUGCUGCAGCCAAUCAGAUCCCUCCUGACUGUGUUGGCAUGGUGACAGAGGUCAGAGGGUUCACUGACCCACAGAAGGAGGAGUACUUCAGGAAGAGAAUUGGAGAUAAGAAGCAGUCCAGCGGGAUCAUCUCCCACAUCAUGACAUCACGAAGCCUCCACAUCAUGUGUCAGAUCCCAGUCUUCUGCUGGAUCACUGCUACAGUUCUGGAGGAUCACCUGGCCAGAGAGGGAGGACAGCUGCCCAAGACCCUGACUGAGAUGUACAUCCACUUCCUGGUGGUUCAGGCCAAAGUGAAGAAGGUCAAGUAUGAUGGAGGAGCUGAGACAGAUCCACACUGGAGUCCAGCGAGCAGGAAGAUGAUGGAGUCUCUGGGAAAACUGGCUUUUGAUCAGCUGCAGAAAGGAAACCUGAUCUUCUAUGAACCAGACCUGACAGAGUGUGGCAUCGAUAUCAGAGCAGCCUCAGUGUACUCAGGAGUGUUCACACAGAUCUUUAAAGAGGAGAGAGGGCUGUACCAGGACAAGGUGUUCUGCUUCAUCCAUCUGAGUGUUCAGGAGUUUCUGGCUGCUCUUCAUGUCCAUCUGACCUUCAUCAACUCUGGACUCAAUCUGCUGGAAGAACAACAAACAACCUCCAAGAACUCUGACACAAGAGAAUCUACAGAGAAAAACUUCUACCAAACUGCUGUGGACAAGGCCUUAGAGAGCCCAAAUGGACACCUGGACUUGUUCCUCCGCUUCCUCCUGGGUCUUUCACUGCACACCAAUCAGACUCUCCUACGAGGCCUGCUGACACAGACAGGAAGUAGCUCACAGACCAAUCAGGAAACAGUCAAGUACAUUAAGGAAAACCUAAACGAGAAUCUGUCUGCAGAGAAAAGCAUCAAUCUGUUCCACUGUCUGAAUGAAUUAAAUGAUCGUUCUCUAGUGGAGGAGAUCCAGCAGUCCUUGAGUUCAGGAAGUCUCUCCACAGAUAAACUGUCUCCUGCUCAGUGGUCAGCUCUGGUCUUCAUCUUACUGUCAUCAGAAAAAAAUCUGUUUGAGUUUGAACUGAAUAAAUACUCUGCUUCAGAGGAGGCUCUUCUGAGGCUGCUGCCAGUGGUCAAAGCCUCCAACAAAGCUCUGUAA